AUGGCUACUUUACCAGGAACAGUUCCUCGAAUGGUUCGGCCAGCACCAGGCCAGAACUAUCCCCGCACUGGAUUUCCUUUGGAAGUAUCAACCCCCCUGGGCCAAGGUCGAGUCAACCAGCUCGGUGGAGUGUUCAUCAAUGGAAGGCCUCUUCCGAAUCAUAUUCGACACAAGAUAGUCGAGAUGGCACACCACGGCAUCCGACCCUGCGUAAUCUCGCGACAGCUGCGAGUUUCCCACGGUUGCGUGUCUAAAAUUCUUUGUCGGUACCAGGAGACGGGUUCGAUUCGUCCUGGAGCGAUAGGCGGAAGUAAACCCAGGCAGGUAGCAACGCCUGACGUUGAAAAGAGAAUUGAGGAAUACAAACGCGAGAAUCCAGGAAUGUUCAGUUGGGAGAUUCGGGACAAACUGCUGAAGGACGGAGUGUGCGACAGAAGCACGGUUCCUUCAGGUGAGGCCUCAUCCGUGAGUUCCAUUAGCCGGGUUUUGAGAGCACGUUUUGGCAAGAAGGAUGACGAUGACGAAUGUGACAAGAAAGAUGAAGAUGGGGAGAAGAAAACGAAACACAGCAUUGACGGAAUUCUUGGGGAUAAAGGUCACCGUACAGACGAAGGCUCGGAUGUGGAGUCAGAGCCGGACCUGCCAUUGAAGAGAAAACAGCGACGUAGCCGAACAACGUUCACUGCCGAGCAGCUCGAGGAGCUGGAGAAAGCCUUCGAGAGGACACACUACCCAGACAUCUACACCAGAGAAGAACUUGCCCAGAGGACCAAGCUCACUGAGGCCCGUGUGCAGGUGUGGUUUAGCAAUCGAAGAGCCCGAUGGCGCAAGCAGGCAGGAGCCAAUCAACUGGCAGCAUUCAACCACUUGUUACCUGGAGGCUUUCCUCCCACUGGAAUGCCAACUCUACCAACCUAUCAACUUCCAGAGACCACCUACCCUGGCACCUCCCUCUCUCAGGAUGGCAGUAGCACAUUGCAUCGGCCCCAGCCCCUCCCGCCCUCCUCAAUGCACCAGGGCGGACUCUCAGCUGACAGUAGCUCCGCCUAUGGCCUCUCAUCCAAUCGCCACACUUUCUCCAGCUACUCAGACACUUUCAUGAGCCCAUCGGCUUCAAGCAACCACAUGAACGCAGUCAGCAAUGGCCUUUCCCCCCAGGUGAUGAGCAUACUGAGUAACCCAAGCGCUGUGCCCUCCCAGCCUCAGCACGACUUCUCCAUCUCGCCACUUCAUGGCGGCCUCGACACCUCCAACCCCAUCUCGGCCAGCUGCAGCCAGCGAUCUGACCCCAUCAAGAGUGCUGAUAGCCUGGCCUCAUCCCAGUCCUACUGCCCCCCUACCUACAGCGCCACCAGCUAUAGCGUGGACCCUGUUGCUGCUGGUUACCAGUACAGCCAGUAUGGCCAGAGUGCAGUGGACUACCUGGCUAAGAAUGUGAGUCUGUCCACUCAGAGGCGGAUGAAGCUGGCCGAUCACUCCGCAGUGUUGGGGCUGCUGCAAGUGGAGACAGGACAGGCUUACUGACCACUACCAUGAUUCUGGAGUCACACACACACUCCCCCAUGCACAGCUAUAUCCAGCACCAGUCCGAAUCCUCCAUCACGUGUGUAUGUGUGUGUGCAUGUGUGUGUGAGGCAGUGCUUCAGUCUCUCAGUCCCUGCUUUUUGAGCAAGUCCACAUCUGAGAUGUUAUUGCCACAUGACACACUACUGGCAGGCUGUUCCUUCUCCUCCUCUGCCCACUUCAUGGAGAGCACAGAGAAAACAGCCACAGGCACUUAGAUGACUGCUGUGAUCAGCAAGAAUUCCGAGCUCUUGAGAGCCACUUCCAACUGUAUUCCCACCUUGUUGUAUAUAGUUGUCUAUGAAUUCCAAUGAGAUAAAAUUGCUAAUGUUUUUUUUCUAUUGAUAUUGUUAUCUUUUCCAUAGUUGUUGUAUGAUUAUUGUAUUUCUUUGCUCUCUAAAUACAUCUGUAGAAUUAUUUCCUUGCUCUCUCACUUUGAAUGUG